AUGACCACUGGUAGUCUCCUUAGCCCGUGGCAGCAUCUGCUCAGGAUCGGUGCUUCUGUGGCUGGCGUCUUUUUCGCUUUCGUUUUGUUCAAUGCUUACCAUCUUCACCUUGCUUCUCAGCACCAGUUGCUCCCGGAGGGCACUAUCAAUUUCCAUCAUCAGCAGGGAAUUCCGGACCCCCAAUCAAAUUUCCCUGUGAAGAAUGCCUCGCCGGCUGUUUUCAAUAUCCCACCGGCCUACGCAGGGGUUGAGAAACCUCCGCCAUCCUGCGAUGACCGGUUCGGUGACUCGUAUCUUCGACAACUUCGCCACUCUGCCACAGAGUACUGUACUCCAGAGUCUCAGAGCGGAUUGACUUGCUUUCAUAGCAAAACCGCCGCGGGUCGCACCGACUCGUUCUGUCUCGCUCGAGGAGCCCAUUUCAACCAAGUUGACAGGAAAUUCACACUGGGCUGCAGCCUACGGGAUCUUGGUGGACUGGUCGUCCCCAGAUACGACGAGCUCACCAAUUACUGGUAUGACACAGGGCCUGGAAUCGUCCUGCAGGAAACAGUUGUGAUCGACGAAGGCAACUCGUCGCUCAGAGUACCUGAUACUGUGCCAAACUAUACCCUGCUUGCCAAGCGCGAAGGCUCUGAAAAUAUAUGGCAUUCUUUAAUGGAGAUAUUCUCCAUGACCUUAACAUUGGAUGUCCUCCGGAUGGCGCAGCACCCAGAUAAACCAACGCCUUUGUUCACUCACGCAGAUAUUGCAAAUACUCAAGUCCUCCUGCUUGACGAAAUGGCCGACGGGCCCUAUCUGGAUCUCUGGUCCCUAUUUGCCCCCAAACCCCUCCUCCGCAUCAACAACCGCACACUCCCACGGCUGACUACCUCCUUCGAGAACCUAAUCGUGCCCCUCAGCGGUGGCGGAAACCCACUCUGGCAGGGUGACUGGGAAAUCCACACCUGCGUCGAGUCCUCACUCCUCCGCACCUUCUCCCGCCGCGUCCUCAACCACUAUCAUCUCGACUCAGAUGCCCAGCGCAACCAACCAGCAGAUAUAACCGUGACGUUCAUCAACAGGACAACCACGCGCCAUCUCGUCAACGCGGCGGAAUACCUCACCCACCUCGAAUCCAAACUCCCCCAUACCAGGGUCAAAUCAGUAGACUUCGCGUCCAUUCCAUUUGCCGAGCAACUUGCCGUAGCCCAGCAAACAGACGUGCUCGUUGGCGUUCACGGUGCGGGCCUCACACACGGGAUAUUCCUCCCCCCUCAUUCAGCAGUGGUUGAGAUCCUGCCCCCGGGCCUAAAUCAUAAAGGGUUCCGGAAUGUCGCGGCGCUGCUUGGUCAUUCUUAUUUCAGUGCGUAUGCGACGGAGUCUAUACGACCGGCCCGCUCGUCCGAGGAUGAGGUGCUAGGUACGCAGGAGGAGCGUGACUGGCAUAGAGAAGAUGUCUUCAUUGAGCAGGAUGUAUUUAUGGAUUUGAUGGAUUUGGCUGUAAAGGCUAUUUAUAAUAGGGGCUCUCGGAUCUAUGAUGUAUAG